AUGGAGCGCGCACUGCUGACUCAGCAUGUCCCAGAUAACCCAUUUGUGGACUUUGCAGCCUAUCAAACCACUUUCUAUAAAAAGUAUUUUCUGGAAUCAGUGAGAAAGGUUAGGGAGUUAGAGCUUAUGAAACUGAAGCAAGGAUCAUUGUCUGUAGUCGUGUACACUAGUAGAUUUGAGGAACUCUAUAGGUUUUCAAGGGUGUGUCAGGGUGCCCCUGAGUCCUAUGAGGGUUGGAAGUGUAUUAAAUAUCAAGGAGGUCUUAAGGAGAACAUCAUGAGUACUGUGGCUCCGUUGGAGAUUCAGAUAUUUUCCGAGUUAGUGAAUAAGGCAAGGGUUGUUGAGGAUUUUGCUAAGAAGGUGAAAGGAAGAGGUAAACAAAGUAAAACUUCUCCGGAUUUAACUUGUGAUCGUUGCGGGCAUUUUCAUCCUUAUGAUUCGUGUAAACUCGGUAUAGGUGGAUGCUUCAUUUGUGGAUUUCCUGGACACUUGGCAAGGGAUUGUACUCGUGAGAGGAAUCCAAAUGCUAGACGGAACCAACAACAAGGCCGAGUGUUUGCUGUGAAUGCCAAUGAUGUUGUGAAGUCAGAUCCUCUAAUAAGAGGUAAAUGUUUAAUUGAUGACAAAGUAUUGGUUGCAUUGUAUGAUACGGAAGCUUCAGAUUCAUUUAUUGCAUUUGAUAAUGCUGCUGAACUAGGGAUGAGAAUUUUAAACUUAGCUUUCGAUUUACAGGUGCAUACCCUGUCUCAGACAGUUAUAACUAGAUUAGGUUCUAGAUAA